CUCGGUGGCCGCCGGGGUCGGUGCGGGCCGCGGCCUCCCCGCCGCCAUGGGCGCCGCCGUGUUCUUCGGCUGCGCCGGCAUCGCCUUCGGGCCGGCGCUCGCGCUGUUCCUGCUCACGGUGGCGGCCGAGCCGCUGCGGGUCAUCGUGCUGGUAGCGGGGGCGUUUUUCUGGCUGGUAUCGCUGCUCCUGGCCUCGCUCAUCUGGUUCGUGUCGGUUCACCUCAGCGACCGGGAGGACGCCAAGCUGCAGUACAGCCUCCUCAUCUUCGGCGCCGCUGUCUCGGUGCUGCUGCAGGAGGCCUUCAGGUUCGCCUACUUCAAGCUGCUGAAGAAGGCGGAUGAAGGGCUGGCGACAAUCAGCGAGGACGGACGGUCCCCCAUCUCCCUCCGGCAGAUGGCUUACGUCUCGGGCCUGUCCUUUGGCAUCAUCAGUGGCGUCUUUUCCGUCAUUAACAUCCUGGCAGACUCCAUCGGGCCGGGUAUCGUUGGGAUCCACGGGGACUCACCGUACUAUUUCAUCACAUCCGCGUUCCUCACCAUGGCCCUCGUCCUGCUCCACACCUUCUGGGGCGUCAUCUUCUUCGACGCCUGCGAGAGACGCCGCUACUGGUGCCUGGGGCUGGUGGUCGCCAGUCACCUCCUCACCUCCGGGCUGACGUUCCUGAACCCCUGGUACGAGGCCAGCCUGGUCCCCAUCUUCAUCCUCACCCUCCUCACCGGCCUCUGGGCCUUCCUCACUGCCGGCGGCUCCUUCCGCAACGUCCUCAAGUGCCUCUCCUGUAAGGGGGGGGCUGGCAGGGAGGGGCGCGCGACGGAGGGUGUCACGGCUGCGACGCGGGGGCUCUUCCGGUGAGCAGGAGGACGCCAGCAGGGUGAUGUUGUACUCCGCGCUGCAGGUGCCUUUCGAGGACUGAGCAGCCACUGCACCCAAGUGCCGUCCGCUCGGCAGCGGGGAGGCCGCUCGCUGCUCCGGUGCUGCCGCCCGGCCGAGCCCUGGCCCCUCUCUGCGGCACAGAGGCAGCUCCGUGCCCCGUCCCGCGGGGAUAUUUGGGGUCCAGCCAGUGCUCGUGGGCGCCCCGUUAGCAACUUGAAUCCGAUUCUUUUCUGUACACGGUGUACGCAGGUGCCCUGCGAUACAGCUGGGCUGGCUGGGUCAGGGCAGGAGCCCCCCACCCCGCUCUGUUCCCCCCCUUCCCUCUUUUUCCCCCCCCUCCCCUUCCCUUUCCCCCUAAUCUGCUCUGCGGAAGCGAGGUGACACUCCUGGUGCAGGGGGAGCUGGGAUGGGGGUGCUCUGCCCCACACACCCCCUUUUCCAUCCCCUCUGCUGUAGGUCUGAGGGUUCUUGUUACCCCGCUGUGCUACUUGGGGGGAGGGUGUAAAUUAUUUUUCUGAUUCAGAGUAAAACCGUUUUAACAGA